AACUAUCAUUCACUUGGGCGGGACAUCCUGUUUAAAACAUAUAAUGAUAUGGAAAAAGGCGAAUGGUUGUAGUAUUGUGUUUGUGUGGUCACUGUGUUGCAAGUAUAAAUGCUUCGAUAAAGGUGCACUCAUUCCAUAUUUGCUUGAGAUCUGCGACCAUGGCUUGUACUCUGGUCACUUUUCAAGUGAGGGGAACAACAUCUCCAGGUGAAUUUUUAGCGGUUUGUGGCAGCUGUGCGGAUCUUGGAAGCUGGUUUCCAAAUAAAGCUGUGCUCCUAGAGCAAGAUGCAGAUGAUUGCACACUGUGGAAAAAAGCAGUCCCUGUUCCAAGAGGGGAACCUUCAACCUAUCGUUAUUUUAAAGGCUUUUUUCUCAAGUCUAAGAAUGCAGGUGAUCCAUGUCCAGUCAUAGUCAAUAAGUGGGAGACCCAUCAACAUCCACGAGCAUUGAAUCCUUCAGAACCAGAGCUGCUUGUUGAUGAUGGGGAGUUUGGUUUUUCUAAUGACAUUGAGUGUGUAGAUUCAGGAUGGUUAACAUUUCAGACUGAAAUUCGGCUGCGACUUCAUUACUCUGCAAAGCCUCCAGUAUCAAUUUCAAAAAAGAAGUUUAAGAAAUCCAGGUUUAGUCUCACGAAACUACGUAGGGUGAAGCUGACAUUGGAAGGUUGUGAAGACGACGACGAUGACGAUGAUGAGAGACUGUCCCCAUCCUUCUGGCAUAAAAUGACAACCACUCUGGGAAUCUCUUUAAUCAGCAAUGAUAACUACAAGUCCCGACACUCCCAGCCGGAGUUUGGUUAUGCUUUAGAACCCAACCUUUGGACUGAGUACAGCAUCCAUACCAUGGAUCCAGAUAACUUGGAAUUGACAUUUGAGUUUUUUGAGGAAGAUUUGAGUAAGGCAGUAGUUCAGGGAGAUGCAAUGCCGGGCCACGUGGGAACUGCUUGCCUGUUGUCUUCGACGUUUGUAGACACUGGUAAAAACAAAGGAUUUGUCACACUUCCCAUCAUGGGCAGGAACUCCAGACAGACAAUUGGAAAAGUGAGAGUUGACUACAUUGUAAUAAGACCAAUUGAAGGCCAUGUAUGUGAUAUGAGUACUUCAUUUACCAAGUACUGGAAAAAACGAUCUGCUUUGGAUGUGGGUCAUAGGGGAGCAGGAAGCUCCUCACAUAUGGAGAGAUAUGCUAAAGUCAGGGAGAAUACAAUUGCUUCCUUCAAAAGUGCCGCAAGUCAUGGUGCUGCUUUUGUGGAGUUUGAUGUGCACCUUUCCAAAGACAGUGUUCCAAUUGUGUACCAUGACCUUACCUGUUGCAUAUCCAUGAAAAAGAAACAUAGCAAUGAUUCUUUGGAAUUAUUUGAAAUCCCUGUAAAGGAUCUUACAUUUGACCAGCUUCAGUUAUUAAAGUUGGCUCAUGCGACUGCAGUGAAUGGGAAUGACCCUUCAGAUGAGGAAGAGUAUAUUGCAGAGCACCAGCCUUUUCCUUCACUUCUGCAAAUCUUGCAAGCUGUACCAGAACAUGUGGGUUUUAACAUUGAAAUUAAAUGGCUCUGUCAACUAAAAGAUGGUACCUGGGAAGGAAACCUGUCAACCUACUUUGACAUGAACCUGUUUCUUGACAUCAUCCUGAAGUGUGUGCUUCAGAAUGCAGUAAAAAGAAGAAUUGUGUUUUCCUCAUUCGAUGCAGAUAUUUGCACAAUGGUUCGUCAAAAGCAGAAUAAAUACCCUAUCCUGUUCCUGACCCAAGGCUUCUCUGAAGUCUACCCAGAACUAAUAGAUCUCAGGUCUCGAACCACCUCAAUUGCAAUGAGUUUUGCACAGAGUGAAGACAUUUUGGGAAUAAAUGUGCACACAGAGGAUUUGCUGAGAAACAUUGACUACAUAAAGGAGGUCAAAUCAAAAGGUUUAGUCCUUUUCUGUUGGGGUAACGAUAACAAUGAUCAUGAAAACAGGAGAAAGCUCAAAGAAUAUGGAGUCGACGGAUUGGUAUAUGACAGGAUCUGCGAUGCUCAGCCUGAGCAGCCUAACAUCUUCAAAAUGGAACAGCUAAAAAGUCUUAAGAAUAUCAUACCAGAAGAAACCCUGAAAAGCUGUGCCACUUCCAGUAUUUGCCUGACUUGUUCUUCUGUGUGCUCCUGCAAGGACUCGGUUCUGCUUCAAUUUUAAAAUGUAUUAAAUGUAAACACCCCCCCACCUUUUUUUUGUGUGUGUACAUUAAUAAUCUGUUCACACAAAUUGCCCAGCGUAUCAAUUCCUUAACCUUUUGCGGUCCAAUGUCGGACCAGGUCCGACAUACCAAUUUUCCCUUUCCGGCCCGAUGUCGGACCCUGUUUGACAUCAUCAAAAAGACGCAAAAAACAGGUCUCUAGUCAUUUUUUCUUCGGAAAAAGCCGAGAAAACCAUUCAAUGGCCGAGUGAGAUUGAUAGGAGCCGAGAGAAGCCGAAAAAAAAACAAAUCUCUUGAAUACAGAUAGCCCUGGGCAUCACAUAGAUAACACGGACAUAAACAAAUAAGAUAGCUGCUUCUGCAUCCAGCGCUCAAAGAAUAUCACAGACAUUUGCAGAGCUUUUUUUAGAUGUUAUAGUAAUAAAAUAAUGACUUGGAUCGCAUUAUUGAGGAGUUUGGUGAUAAAACGAGUGAUCAGGAGAUGAUUUAUCGGUAUACACUACUAUCAAGAGGUAUGUGAAAAAAAACAGCGAACGAGGGGUGGGGCCGGGCUGGAGGUGCAUUACUGAGUGUCCUGUUGAUAUGCAGUGCCUUUUAAACCUGUUUUACUGUGAAAAAAAAAAUACUUUUAAACAGCACGUCUAAAAUAAACUGCGCGUGUGAAAAUAAAUUGGACCUGAUGCGCUGAAUAAAUGGACCGCUAAGGGUUAAAAUAUAUAAUUGAUUUAUUUUAAGUAACAUUGCUGUUUUGAAUUGAUAAUGAGUUUGUUAGUUUUGCUGGGUGUUAACAUAAAAAAAAAUAUUGGGGGGUAGAAACUGAAAGGAAAAAGGACAUGUUUAACAUGACUUGCAUUCUCCCAACUUAAGUAUUUAAGUGUACUGUAUAUACCAGAACUUCGGGUUAUGAAUUUUGUUAAAUGAGUGUUUAGAUGUUGCUUUUUUUUAACAAAUUCUCUUACUAGCUUUAUUAACAUUAUUAUAGGUCUCAUUUAUUGUUUAAUGUGCUCAGAAACUAUUGGUUCCUCACCUGUUUUUUUUUUUAUUUUUUGUUUACAUUAAUUUUGGACAUGCGAAUAUUUCAAAAACUGAUCAAGAUAUAAAACUACUGCAUGUUGGUACCUUUGCUGAAGGUCACAGCUAGAUCAUUGAUGUGAGUUUUAAAGUGAUAACCAGGAAGCAUAAGCAACAGCUGCAGCAUUGUACUAAAAUUUAAUCACAAACCAGCAAUUAAACACAAGACUGAGCAGGAUAAUGCUGAAUUUGUUUAUAAAAGGAAAUGAAUGUAUUUUAAAACCUUGGUUAACUCUCAUUUAAAUAACUGAGAAAUAAAGUCUUAUUUACUGUACUGUAUAUAUUAAAGUGCAUAAGGUGCCAUUUUGUUGUAUGCAUUCAGAAACCAUGCAAUGCAUUUUGUUAUACAUCUGUAUGUACAGCAAUGUGAUUGUCUGUGUAGCUUAUGUGUGUAACCUGAUUUAAUAAUGAACUUACUUAUUAUUAUCCUGCAUUUUA